UGCAGUCAACGGGUGCCUUGUUCCAAUGUCCAACAAGCGGCAGUCACCUGCAAUCCAAUAACAAUCUAGUAAAAAGGGCCAGCUGCAAACAUGAACAUCCGUGGAUAUCCAUACAGUGUGCUGUAAAUCUUCCCUGCAUCGCUGCUCAAAGACCUUGAUGGAUACAGAUGGUGCAUUUCCAACAAAUCCAGUCCAUUUCUUCACAGCCUCCGAUAGGCCUGUCAGCCACUGGCCCGUAGCGCUCUCUCGUACUGUACAAGCAGCACAACGGGGGCUUGUACAGGUACCGUACAGUGCUGACCACGGCACCACCUGCCUGUGCUCGCUGCAUCCUCUGGCCACUUUCAGUUCAUGUCAAGUUUUUUUUUUCUCUUCCCCCCUACUUGCAUUUUUUCCCUCUCCUCCAUCACGAAUUUCUUCGUUCCGCCUUGGCCUCUGUGUAGCGCCGCUCUCAAUUUUUUUUUUUUUGCCCUCAACUGCGCUUCUCUCUCCUCUCUCUUCUCCUCUUACUCCUCUCUUCUCUUUAGACUCAACUUCUCCAGUACAGAUACAGCAGCGCCUUGUCCACCAAACAAUCUGCGCGCUAAGCCGGUUCCCGCUGUCCAGAGCUGGUUUGGCUCGGCCCCGCUUCGUCUUCAUUUCUCCCGAGACCCCUUUACUUGACGAUUUGACGCCUCUGCAUUUUCGUCGCGCCGCGGCUUUUUUUUUCUUUUUCUUUUUCCUCUCUCUCUGUCCUCCUUCGCCCGACGAAUCCUAGCCGACGCCCAAGCACGGCCGUGUCCUUGUUUCCCCCGGGGGUGAGUGUCUCGUCUGUUCUGUCUGUCCCGUCUCCUCUGGC